AUGCAGUUAAGCUUUAGCGAGCUUUUAGCGCGGGGCACCCGUCGCAUCCCGCCUCGCAAACCCCUAAACGCCAAAUACCGCGCCGCCCCAGGCCACCACGACCACCCCGAAGACAAGAAGAAACAACAACCCCAGAAGAAGGACGACAAGGCGCAAAAGAAGGAUGCAGCGGCAGCGCCAGAGGGAGGAGAGAAGAAGCUUUCCGGCGCCGAGUUAAAGGCAAAGGCAAAGGCCGAGAAGGCAGCAAGAAGAGCAAAGGCCAAGGAAGCGCAACCCGCACCACCGCCCGGCCAGGGAGGCGCCCAGCAGGGCGGAGCAGGAGACGGUAAAGGAGGAAAGUCGAAACCCAGACAGGAUGGACCCCAGGGAUUUGGUCAAGCUGGCGGCCCGAGGAGUGGUCUGGCGGCCAAGGCUUUGGUGGCUGCUGCUCCCAAGGACAACAAGCCAAAGGUCCCCGAAUGCUUCAGUCACCUGUCUAUGGCUAAGAGGAUACACAUGUCGGAAGCUGAUAAGGAUGUCCACCCGGCCAUUUUGGUGCUGGGUCAGCAGAUGAGCGCCUUUGCCAUCAACGACAGCACCACGAGAUUGGAGGCGACUCUCUUGGCGUUCAAGAAGGUGAUCGACUCCUAUACGACGCCCCCAGGCAACACGUUCUCGCGCCACUUCACUUCACAUGUGCUGAACCCCCAGAUCGAGUACCUCUCGGCAUGCCGGCCCAUGUGCUUCUCCAUGGGCAAUGCCGUCCGCUGGCUGAAGCUCCAAGUCAGUAAGAUCGACAUCGACCUGCCUGACUUCGAUGCCAAGAAGCUCCUCUGCGAAUCCGUUGACAACUUCAUCCGCGAGCGCAUCACCCUCGCCGACUUUGUCAUCGUCAAGACCGCCGCUGACAGCAUCGAUGACGGCGAGGUCGUCCUGACCUACGCCUACCACCCGCUCGUCGAGCGCGCCUUGCGCCAGGCCCGCGCUGACGGCAAGCGCUUCUCCGUCGUGGUUGUCGAUGAUCCGUUUGAGAACACAGGCCGCGACCUCGCCAAGCGUCUGCGCGACCUGCCCGGCAGUGAUGGCGGCGUCGAGGUCGCCUAUUGCCCGGACCUGAGCGCCAUGCGCGAUCAUCUCCGCGAGACGUCGCGCGUGCUGGUCGGUGCCGAGGCCAUGUUCAGCAACGGCGCCAUGUACGCCCGCGCCGGCACGAGCGACAUCGCCAUCGCCGCGGCCGACCAGGGCAUCCGCGUCAUGGCGCUCAGUGAGACCAUCAACUUCACCGAGAGAGUCGCCAUGGACUCGCUCACAUACAACGAGAUCGACCCGGAGCAGAACACCGAGGAUGGGUUCCGGCUGCUGUUCGACACCACGCGCGACCGCCACAUCUCGGUCGUAGUCACGGAAUUGGGCAUCACGUCGCCCGUCUCUGUGCCGGCGAUUCUCAGGAAGUUGGAGGAAUUGUAA